UUCCGCCAUAUUUGUUCGGUACCUCGGCAAAGUCAGUUUGUUGGGGUUAGACUUAUCAAUUAAUCCUUACUUUUCCUUGCCAUUAGGGGAUAGGUGAUACUGAUGUCAUCCCUUACAAAAAGAGGGGGCUCUGGAGGCCUUGUUCAGCGUCGAAAUGUGGCUUCUUCGCACGGUGCGGAAGGGGGAAAAGAUGGUUCUGACGACCCCGACCUCUCUCACAACCACGACAACGAGGAUCAAGAUCAAGACGACAAGGCAACGAGAUUGACACUGAUGGAGGAAGUUCUUUUACUUGGGUUGAAGGACAGAGAAGGCUAUACCUCAUUUUGGAAUGACUGUAUCUCAUCUGGGUUAAGAGGAUGUAUUCUCAUUGAGCUUGGUAUACGUGGCAGAAUUGAGCUGGAAAAAUUAGGAAUGAGACGGAAAAGUCUGCUUAAUCGUAAAGUUUUGUGCAAGUCUGACACGCCUACUGGGGAUGUACUGCUGGAUGAAGCACUGAGACACAUCAAAGAGACAAAGCCAGAGGAAACAGUGCAAAGCUGGGUGGAGUAUCUGAGUGGUGAAACUUGGAAUCCUUUAAAACUACGAUACCAGUUACGCAACGUCCGAGAGCGUCUAGCCAAAAACUUGGUAGAGAAAGGUGUCUGUACCACAGAGAAACAAAACUUCUUACUGUUUGACAUGACAACACACCCUCUGACUGAUUCGCCGACCAAGCAACAGUUGAUAAAACGCGUUCAAGACGCCGUGCUAAGCCGCUGGACCAACAACCCCCAGCGCAUGGAUAAGCGCAUGCUCUCACUCAUUUACCUGGCUCAUGCUUCAGACGUUCUGGAAAAUGCCUUCGCUCCCCUGUCUGACGAUAAUUAUGACAUUGCCAUGAAGCGCGUGCGUGAACUACUCGACCUUGACUUUGAACAAGAGGCCAUGAAGGAGGGCAGCUGUGAUGUGAUGUGGUCUGUGAUAUCCUCCUUCAGUAAAUGAGCCGUCGGAGCCCUGCUGGGCAUCCGCUGGCUGAAUGAAGUCACAUUUCCUGCUUGUCCUGCUUUAAGACAGGUUCCAGUGACAUUUUACAGAUAUAUUUAUAAAUAUGUAUAUAAAUAUAUAUAUAUGUGAUUUUUGUUUUUUUCAUUGUAAACAGAUUAAAGGGGGAUAACCAUUACAGAGGGAUGCUAUUUGUGGGACACCAAAUUAAGUUACAUUUGUCUUUUUGUGUUCAUUUUUAUAUACACAUCACAAGAUGUUUGAGGGUUAAGAGUACAAAAUGCAUAUUAGUAGAGUUUAUCCAGAGACUCGAGGCCUCUCUCUUGCCGGUCAAACAUCUUUUUCACAUCACUUUUCAAUAGUUAUUGUGUAAUUACAAAGCAGUUCAAGGUGUAAUCAGGUGGUGAAUCGUGGCAAUGUCAGUGGCGUACUCUUUGUCCAGGCUUUAGCCACAGUAUUUGCAGGCCUCUCGAAUACAUUUGAUUUGUGUUUAAUAACAUUAUGUAAUGUGAUAUGGUGGCUUCAUUGUAAAACACUCCCAUUGACUAUUGAGAAAGAGAGUUGAGGUUUACCUGAGAGCAAGAUGUUUUUGUGAGCCUGGCCUUUUUGAAGCUACUCUUACAUUCAUGAUUACCUUGAUGGGAGAAGAGAACAUUAAAAAUCAUUAUGGCACUCCAAAAUUGAAAGAAGUUGUAGACAAGGAAUUCAGUGAAUAGCUGUUAAGGUUUACCCACACAUUUCUGUCUUGGUUAGGUGUGAUUGUAAUAAAGAACCUGAUCAAUGCAGUCAAAACAGCCCUGUUAUAGCUGUUACAGUGUAUUUCAGGGAGCAUUUAACGCAACAAUGAAGUAAGGCCAUACCAAUUGGAUUUUGUGUUUUACAGGCCAUCCAACACUAAAAAAUUCAAAAACGAAAUGAAAACUGAAAAUGCACUUUUUGUUUUCUCACAUCUUCAGACUUUUUAUGGAUUUCCAGCUCUUCAAGGCUGUCUGAUGGCAUAAAUAUGCAUUCAGAACGAAAAAUUGCUAGGUAGGCCAAAUUUUUCUUCUAGUUAUGUUAAAGAUUUUUAUGUUUUAAAUCUAUUUUCUCAAACAAGAUUUAUUAUGUCUGUAAAACGACAAUUUAAAUUGGUGUAGUUUUACAUGUAUGUGAAGAGGAUUCCAGAGACCAUAGACCACUUGGGUGCAUGAAGCUUUCCACCUCUUUGGAUUAGCAUUCAAACUGUUAUAUUACAUUUACUAUCAAAAUACCACUGUUCAGAAUUAAUACGCAAAUAAGGUUUGUCAUUUUUUUUGGUAAUGGAGCACUUGGUUUGUUUGUUUAGUAUUAAAUAGGGCACUGCUUUUCAUUCAUUUUCUAAGGUGUGUUUUUUUUCAGUUGUCAGCCGUGCAUUAUUUUCUCUAAUGUUUGCUCACUUUUGGGAAGCACAUGUACAUAUACAUCUGUAGGCAAACUGGUGACGUGGUACUCACGGGUUACAAGUUAAUCAAGCUUGGACCUGAGUCAUCACUGGGAAAAGGUACUGUUAACUAUUGCAAAAAUUAAAAAUAUGCAUUUUAAAGGAAAAGAAAACUUAAAAAUCAAACAAAUACCGUUGAAAAGAGUAUGCAUUUCCUCACAGGUGCAUGCCAUAAAAAAAAAUUCUAAUAUGUACUUCAAGUUGAUAGAUUAUAAAUAAAGUCAGCACCAAAAUCCGCUGUGGGCAACUCCAUUUUGCCUAAGAACGAGUGCUGAAGUCUUCUGUGUUAAGAGGAGAAUUGCCGUCUGAAACUGUCAAAGGACAGUUUGUACAUUUCCGGUAGAACUCUUUCUUCCCAUAAGGUAGCAAACAGUACAGUUCGUUUUUCGCUUGACGAUCGGGAAACCGGAAUUUUGGACUUAGGUUCCAAGUUUACACAAAUAAGCCUGUAGUUUUAGUGACUCUCACUGGCUGAGAGGCUGCACACCCGCUGCAUAAAUUACAGGGUGUUAAGGAUGGAGGACGCGAUGGACUCAGAGAUUUACGCAGGCUUUACAUGUGGUGAGGAAAAAUCGCAAAAUUAUGCAACAGGUACCACCAGAUAGAAAAAAAUAUUCUUUUCAGCCUAGUGUCUUUUUUUUUUUUUUAAGUUUUCUACUUUAAAUAUGACAUUUAGCUGUUGGAAAAACACUAUAAGUAUGAAAGUCAUGCAAAUUAUUGAAUGCUAUGACCUUCAAUGUACUUGGGUGAUUUGUUCAUGGGCUUAAUGUUCAAUAGCUGUGUCUGAGGUCUGACACCGUUGUUAAUUAUAUGCAUAAAAUAAAACCAGAAGGUUUUUUUGCGAGUAUACAGUACAGCAGUUUGAUGAAUUUUUAGUGAAACUGCUCCUGUACAAAUUUUCAUGGAGAUCAUGGAAACAAAUAGUUAGAGGUAAAAAAUGCUUAUAUUUCAAAUGAAUAAUUACAAAAUAAAGGGUGGGGAGGGAUAAACAUGUUGAGAGGCGGCACAGGGAGCCCUCGAGUCUUCAUAACACUUGUAAAUAACUUGGGUCAUUGAACUUUAUCACACCAGUAUAUUGACACCGUAUGUGUAUUGUAUUUGGGGCAACUGAAGGGAAAUGUGGAAAGUUACAUCAUGUACAAGUGAAGGGGUGCAGUAAGUCAUUGCUAUUGGGUAUGUAGGGGGUGGGGUAGGGGAGUUGGUCUUAUGGCAACAUUUGUUUAUACCUUGUGGUGGUUGGGCUCCUGGACACCUGCUGACUUAAUGUAUAUAGCAUGCCUGUGUCUGUAUUAUUCCAUAACUAACCUGUACAGUACAUCGAGGGCAACAUCAUAUUGGGUGUGACACUAUGUACAUGUGCAGUAACAGCUGUUCAGGCCACUAGAUUAACAGCUUGAGAUUGUACAGGGAUCAUCAAAUGGAUCAGUGUAUCGACUGUAUAGCUGGUUUCUGACAGCUGAACUAUGUCUUUGUUAUUGGCUUAUGGUAACAUAAUCAGCUAGAUCAAAAUUGUACUACAUGGUUGUUCAGCUACUUAUAUAAUACAUUAUACAUCAUUUUUCUCA